GGAAUGGAUUGAUGGCAUGACGGUUAGGAGUAGUACAAUAUGCUAGCCAAUGAUAGACUCAAGAAUGGAAUGGAAAAAGUACUUGAUUCUGCAAAAAGGCGUGCGAGAAGGAAGCGAGAGCAACGAUUCUGUCCACAACACUCGAACUUGCAACAUUUCACUUUGUUAGGUAGCGAGUGACGUACCACUAGUUGUAUCUCUAGUACUUCUUACAUAUUAUCAUGAUUGCCCCUGGAGGAGGUGACGAGCAGUGAGAAAGCCAGCCAGCUUCACCCUAUGAUCAAUCAAUACGAAAAUAACUUCACUACUACAACUAGGACGACGUGUUGAAUGUAGUAUAUAAAUCAUUAGGAGAAGAACUUUUGGUGUCGCUGGUGUACUUAACUCAAAAUAAACUCAAAAAAAUGGACCUCGACGACAUUGGUAUUCCUUCGUUGGUGCCUGCGAGUCAGCUCGGACAGCAGGCGGCGACGAAUCCCCUGACGGGAGCAACUGUCAGUUGUGUUCCUACUUCGACGGCAGCGUCGGUGAAUCCUUUAACAGGAGGAGGUGGGCGGGGCAUGAUGCCUGGCAUGAAUCCGCUCACUGGGGGACCCGCGUCUAGUAGUUUAGGAGGCUUUGCGGCGUCUUCGUCAAUGCUGUCAACACCAGGACAACUUAGUACAUCUACACUGUCGCAUAGUAAUAUGACUGGCGCGCUUCCGAGCAUACCGCCGGCACCAGGAUCAUACGCUCCACAGCAUCAACAAUACAACAUGAUGAAUAGUGGUGCUAGUAACAACUCUUUUGGAGGGACUCCUGCUGGACCAGGUGGGUUUCCUCCAGGUUCAGGAGGUUACCCUACAUCAAGUAGUCUUCACAGUACACCAGGGAUGGUAGCGAUGCCUAGCGGAAGCAGUACAGCGUUAGCGGUUGCGGAGCGUGCAGGAGCGUUGACGGGCAGUUUAGUUGGUGCUACGCAGAAGUUGAUGCAGUCAACGGCAAGGAGUGGAGCAGUCGCUGCGGCAGCAAGUAGCGUCGUAGAUAGUAUGCUCGGAAUACCAGCCUCUGCGUCUUCAUCUGCAGGACAACAACUGCAUCAACACAGUAACAUGUCCCUCGCAGGUGCGAUGAUGAAUUUAAGGGUAGGUUAAAGGUGCUUUUGUUCCCGUUUGUUAUGGCUCUCCUAAGGAGGACCGACGGCCAUAACAAACGGGAGAAACGAACAGCAAAAACCUACCUCUAAUGAAUAACAACAUGAAUCCUGGCUUCGGUGGUGCCCCAGGAGGUGGUCUAGGCGCUCCAGCCGCAGGCAACACAAGUCUGUAUCAAGCAAUACCAAACGGUCAACCCCCAGCUGUAACGGUGGAUGAAUCACAACCACUGUGGGUACGCAUAACAAAGACGGAAACGAAGCUGAGCUUUCUGUUGCAGGAAUACACGGACUACGUCAUUGAAGUCCACGACUUCGGCAGGAAUCGGGAAGUGCAUCAUAGGUAUCUUCUAUCGAUGAAAGGCCUUUUCACUCCAGUAGUUUGCUAAGAAUUCACAUGAUCAGAGAUGGAGACACACAUCAGGACGGCAUAAUCUGUCUCUUCGUACAACACCCUCUCCACCCAAUCUCCCGACAAAUUCCACAUUGAUUCAUCACGACAAUGAUGAUGAUCAGGUUCAACGAUUUUUUCGUGCUGCACUCCCAUUUAGCCCCGUUGGAUUUGAACCUUCCAGUCUUGCCGCAAAAGGGUCUAGACUCUACCGAUCCUGUGGUCGUGGAAGACCGCAAAGCAAAAUUGUCCAUUUUCCUCCAGUACUGCUUGACUUCGGAAGUCAUCCGCUUGGAAAAGCAGCUUUUUAUCUGGAAAUUCUUGAACUUCGAGAAUGCUGGCUUGAGCGUUUGCCGUUUUGUGUUGGGUCCGGAGUUCAUUCGAGGUAACCUAUUCAAGACACUGCCGAAACUCGUCACGGAUGAGAAAUACCAAGCGGAUUUGUACCGUCUAGCACACAAGGACGUCGUUGGCAUUUGUACUCUACCUCUAGCACUUGUAGUUCUUGCUUCAUCACCAUAAGAGACCUCCGUAACGACCUCUUUUACUUAUGUUACCAUAAGCAAAGAGAAAGAACUAAUGAUAAAAUAUAUAAGCAAAGAACUAAUGGUUGUUCCUUUUAUGUUACCAAAGAAGCCCAAAGUUAAAGUUUAAAAUACCCAGGUACCGACCACAUUCUCUCCGCCACUCCGGAUUGCGUGGCUCAAGCUGCGCAAUUGCUCACUGGGGCCAUCAAGGUUGGCAAGAUGGACGUCGUGGACCUACUUUCCGCCAAACCCGGUUUUCUACACCGCGUCUUGCGUGCUUUGGACAUUGCGGAUAAUUUUGGACCCAUUCGAGGUCUGCUGAGUGCAAUUUUGCUGACUAGUGGGGAUAAGUUUCCGGGAACGAUUACGGGAACGCUGAUGGAGAGUAGAGACGUUCUGCUGGAGUUGCUGUCUGCGGCUAGACCAGUGGUGGUGCACGAAUUGCUCGCGAAGUUGAUCUGGUUCGCGCUUGAAACGGACAUGAGGGAGUUCCUGUUUUCGGAACAAGGAUUGUCGCUGCUUGUCGCAUUGUUUAGCAGUCGAGGUACUAUUUAGAUACACUGACAAGGGAGGACCAACAUAGAUGCAUCUGCAUGAAGUAGGUCGCGAAGCUGAAUUUUAGCUUCAGGUUAUCCCUAUGAUCUACUUCUCGCUAUGAUCACCGUCUAUCACCGACCUCCUUCAGAUCGCAAUACGCAGCUUCUCGCUUGUAUAGUGAGUGGAGUCGGCAUCAUCACUGGCGCUUGCGAAGCAGGAAGAGGCCAGGAAUUGAUGCUGAAGAUGGAAGAAGUUUGGGCUCAAGCGACAGAAGGAGCCCAGGAGCAGGACCCGAACCUUGCAAAGCUGACUGCCGCUUUGUGCAUGCACCAGAGCAGCAUGCAACGGGUUUCUGUGCUGCUAAUUGACCCCAGGUUUGCGAAGUACGGCAUCUGGCUUCUGAAGAAAGCCAAUCUGUCGAUGAAGCACUUGCAGCAGAUCCUGACUAGUUUGACUAGGAUUUUAGAAGUGCCCGAUCAUCCGUGUCGUUAUCACGCCGCCGAGCUGCUGCUCCGCGACGGCAACAGCUCCUACGACUUUGGGGCUUCGCUAGACGGACUGCCAGCGUUCGAGGCCUCCUUGGAAAAAGCUAUUUUGGAUCCUUUGGCAGUGUCGUUGGCGGGCACGGCUGCUGACGUUGGGAAGAUGAAGGUGAACACCAGUUGGCAGGCGGAGAAGGUCUCUUCUUGCUUCCCGCAACUGCCACAAGGCAGCGAGCACAUGCAAGGCUUCGAGAAGACCUUCACGGCAUAUUUAGCGAUACAGCAGGAAUUGAAGAGCAGCGUGCAACAGAACGAUGAAUACGCUUCGGAUUUAAUGCGGAUCGCGGAAAAUUGUCAGCAGGAAUUGACGACGAGAACCUUCAGUGAAGCAGAGCGAGCAAACUAUAUCAACCGCCUCUCGACAUUGGAAGUCACGCAUGGACAGGUAGCGCCUGUAUAUCUUAUCAAUCUCUUACACUUACUCUUUUAUUGUUCGACGAUAGCAUUUACGUUUACCUUUACGUUUACCCCGUUGCAGCUUAUUUUCGAUUGCAUUUGCAUUUUUUAGAAGGUCUUCUUGGUCUACUUCUCAACACAUGAUCAACUCCAUCGUCCUCCAAUCUCCUCGUCCUCUCAGGCUGGCGCGCACAGAAAAGAAUUCCAAGAAAAGGAUGGCAAACUGCAGUCGUUAACGCAGACCUUAACGACGAAGCAGAAAGAGCUCACUGAACUGGAGAAGGGUCUGCAACAAGUGAAUUCCGAAGCAGAGCAGAAAAAGCGUCUCGUAGAAAAUGCUCGUGCAAUGCUUCAACAAAAGAGACAGGCUUUGGGAGCUAAUGUACUUACUACUUGUACUUUGUUUACUGUUGUUUCAGUCUCGUCUGAGAACGAGAAGAAUAAGUGUACAGGAGGAGAAAGCCUUCGAUCACUAGAAGUAGUGGAUAAAUAAGCAGCUGAAUCACCGUUUCCCACCAAACUUCUUCUUCUUGAUGAUCAUUUACAACUUACUACUGCAGGAUUCAUUGAUGUCCAUUGAUGUUAAUUGGAAUAUCUUUUGCACCAACCAUGAUGACCAUCGUCCUAGAGCCAAAUAAAUCUUUAUCAGAAUCAAGAGCAAGCGACGCAAAUUCGGCAGCGCUUAGAGCAGGUGCAGGAACGACAGAAAACACUUGCGAUGGUCCAUAUGAAAGUCCAACAAGGCGAUCAGUUCGACAUCAGUACUACUUGAUCCUUUUUUACUAGAAUGCCUUGUUGGUUUAUGGCAGAAAAAAGACUACUCCUACUCAAUAUUCGCAACCUCGCUCACGCCAACUUUGGGCACCGUCUGGACGCUGGAUCGAACUGUCGAAGGGUCCUAGCUGUGGACCGCAGCAGGUAAGUGCAGUGUCUUAAACUAGCUAGUUAAAGAUUAGAUAUUCUGACAGGCCCAAAACAGGAGGAUGGGGGAAGGACUUAGGGUUUGGAGGUUAGGGGGAGGUGGCGGGGGCGGCAAGUGCAGGGGCGAUCAGCAGAAGACGCGGCAAAAUCGUGUCUGGAUGACGUUUUUGACCUCUGCCAAGCUCCGGCACCAGGUGGUGCCGGAGCUUGGAAUAUGCAAAAACGUCAUCCAGGAGCGGCGAUUUCAGGCGUCGAAAGCCAGCGGCGCGCGGGUAGGAGGGCUCAGUCUCACUUGGGGGCAAGUGGGGAUGAGCCUCGGGGAAGAGGAGGGUGCUUGGGCCUGUCAAUCUAGUCCUAUUUUAACUAGCUAGUUUAAGACACUGCACUUACCCACCGCUGUCCGAGGCUGCAGACCCUCCAUCAGGUACGCCGGUCCGCUCAGGUGGCUCAGGGUGAGCACUCGCGAGGUUUUGAUUUUUGAGUAGGAGUAGUCUUUUUUCUGUCAUAUGGUUUCCUGAAAAACGCAUUUACGAAAUCCGAAUAUUGUGAACUUCUCGAUAUUACCGAAGAUCAUUGGACUAAGUACGUACUUGAUUUCUUCCACCUUUCAACACUUUCAGCGCCGUACCUGACCGCACCGGGCCUCGCUGUUGCAGCACAGGGCAGCGCGCAGCAAGUGAAAGUUGAGCAUGCCCAUUGGAAACAGCAAGAGCAGGCUCUGACGCAGCACUUACAACAAGUGGGAAACUUCGAUCCCACAAAACUCCAAGAAGAAAUUGCAAUGUACAUCAAUUACGUGUCUUCUAUGUACUAUUUGUUGAUGCUGCUCGCUGCAGAUGGAUUCUGGAAUUCAAGAACUUGAACUUGAAGAUGGAUGUUAGUUUGAUUUAUAGACUACAGAAGAGCCACAGCCAGGAGGUUAUAGAAAUUCCAAGUUUUUCUGCAAACCCGCCCUCACGCUCACCACUGAAUCCAGGCUCGACCGGCAAGUGGCGGACAAUGACGCAGCAUUGCUCUCGCUAGAGAGUAAAAAGUCUUCGCUAGCUCAACGUCUUGCAGAAGUCAAAGUCGAUUUUGAAUCGGAGCGACACCUAUUUCAGUCGGCUCGAUCAGUACGGGAUGAGGGUCUGAAGCAAGUUCAGCGAGACGAAGCAGGGAUGGCAGAAGAUGUCAGGUUAUGGAUGAAGAUGAAGAUGACUUGAUAAAGUUCCCUCAUGCAUUUUUCAACAUGUGUUGAUGUAUUGAUGUUUCGAAAACUCAAAAUAAGCGAGCUACCGACUGAAAUAAGAGAGUCUUGACUACAUUCCUCUUCUUUCAGUAUCUCCCAUAUUUUUAAUAGUAAGUUGAUCCUUUUCUCUUCUAUAUCUUCCUCUGGUCUGUCUUUUUUCUAGUUAGGUCGGCUUCGCCACAAUUUAAUAGUAAGUUACUCGGUUAUUUCAGUUUUUCGAAAGAUAAGCUAGAAGCUGUAGCAGCUGGCUCUACACUUCUCUGUUGACCCACACCAGCGAAGUCCUGUUAUAGCUCUAACGAUCCGAGCGCAAACCGAGAUUAUGCAGCGACACCAAGCAUUGUCGAACCUUAUGCGAGCUGGCAAGGAACUCUCCGGACGUGGGAAUAUGCUCGAGACGAAGGUGACGGGAAUUUCGCAGUUGCUAGAGAGCGAAAUCGACCACCGACAGAACCUUCGACGCGCGAUUGCCCAGCUAGGCCAAUAUCUGACUCAACUAGACAGCGAGUUGUCGCAACUAGGCACUGGAGCUGGUGCGGAUUUGAACAUCACGCCUACGAACAUGAACAAUGCGACAGGAGCAGCUCUUACAACAAUUGGAGGUGGUUCUACACAACCUGUUACCACUAGUAUUCCUGUUGCCGUACCUUUUUCCGAUGAUCAUCCAGCAAGUGCAGCACAACAUCUAGCAACCCCAGCAUCAGAUAACACACCCGUAGCAGCUCCAGGCGUAGCAGCACUGGGUGGAGUGUCUGCAAGCGAGGCGAUGGCAGCCGCUGCAUCAGCGAAGCCGGUCAUACCUUCAGCCAGUGAAGCAAUGGCCAUGGCCGCAGCUGGUGUCGCGGGAACGAGUCUAUUCGCGGAUGAUAGUACUCCUGCACCCCCUUUUUCUAGUUCGGCACCUGCUCCACCUACCCAACCUACUUUUCAACAACAACAUGUUGUUGACCUGAAUAAUCCGCCUUUUGCUUCUGAGGGUCCGAUCUCAUCAUCGAGUAGUAGUUCCGGCGAGACGUCAACUGCUGGAUCGUUCGACAUGGUUCCGGACCCCAAUGCAGCCACGUUUUCGGAUGUCGUUCCGGAUGCAGUACUAGUCCCUUCAGCGAUGAUCCCGGAGACCGCAGCCGUCGAGCCGCCGCCACUCAUGUCAACAGGGGUUGCACCAGCACCGACCGCGGGUGUGGCUGGUGCUCCAUCCGCAGCACCCGCAGCAGUCGAUGCUCCCGCGCCUCCGCCACAGCAGUUGCCGAGUGCGUCCAUUGGAGACGCGUUCAAAGUUGACCAGCUCUUCAAUGAUGAUUUGUUUGAUAGCUGAAACUGGAGGUUGAACUCAUUUUCGUACUAGGCUAAAGUGCCUGAGUUUAUACAACUAAGUAGGUAUUUAAGACACAAAUUCGAAGAAAGUACUAAUAUGAUCGUUUGAAUGGUUUCGAUUCAUCACCGGAGAUAACGAGGAGGACAAACUAUUUUUUUUGUAGGUGUUGUUAGUUUUUUUCAAAAAAUGAUCUUCUCACAGAUCGUCAAGAAAGAACCUUCUUGCUCGUAGUUCUGGUCCUUCAGAGCUGUAAUGUUUCAGGAACAAUAGGAGCUUUUUCCUUACAGAAAUCGCAGAGUAGAGUUGAAUUUUUUGGAUAACUGGUUCCCCUCAUUGGUAUUAUCUGCAACUGUGUCCAUGAAACGACAGGCGCGGAGAUACAUCCAUUCCAAGAUAAGGAGUUCAAUUAUACCUUACUAGAGAGAAGCUUUGCUCGUCAUCGUCGCUCUCUUGAUAAACCGAAGAACCCGAAGGAAGAUGUUGAAGAUACUUUUUGCGGGAGUUAAAAACCUCCUUGAUGCAGUAGUUCCCUCGUGGGAAGAUGAAAGUCAUUUUGUAAAGUAGAAGCCCUACAACAUAUAUCACAAGCCAACUAAUUUCUUUCUACUUGUUGGAAAAACUGCUAUGAAUAUGGAGUUCCCUGCUGAUAACAGGGACAAGCACCCCAAUCAAGAAACCUCUUGAAGGAUGUCAUCCAAUCCCCUUGAAGAAAAAUUUCUUUGGUGUCGCAGGAAGCGAUAGCUCGGCAUCCACCGAAACCGAUCGUGCCUUCGCAUAUUAAUAAUCUACGGUGAUCAAGAAUGAUGUGUCAAGAACGC